AAUCAAGAAAAUAGUUUUCAGAUAAAAAUGCAUGAAUUUUGAUCGAAACAUCAAAGGAAAAAUUUGAACGAAAACAUCAGAUGGGUUUAGAGUGAAGCUAUAAGUCUAAAAAAAUGAGCGACGACGAUAUUAACAGUUUAGACGACAUUCUUCAACAAUUACAGAAGUUCGGGUUCUCCAGACCCAAUUUACGAACUGUAAACCAGCGUCGAUAUCCACCACCGGAGAAACCUCCAAGAACUUCGUCCCUAUCAGAGAAUACCAUAACUGUGAACCAGGAGAAGGAUGACAAUCCUGAGGUCGUAAGUGAGAGUUUAAGCCUGUCCUUUUCUACAAACCCUCCUCAGUACUCUGAAUCCAUACAGGAUUCAUUUUCGACUCAUCUCAAGGAUUACGGAGAAACCAAACCCGUCCUGGAUACUGGAGAAACUAACUUGAAUCCUGCCCAUGUAGGGACUCAGCCUGUUGAAGGCCAGGAGGAGGAGGGGAAAGAGAACGAGAAGAAGGUUAAUGAGGAGGAGGAAAAGAAGGAGAAGAAGGAAUAUGAAGAAGAGAACGAGAUUGAAGAAUCCCUGAGUUUGAAGGCUGAGGAUGAAGAUAAGAAUUAUUCCAGAUUAGUUUCCCCGGAGUCAGGAACAGAAAGAAAGAAUAAAGCUCUAGCCAAGUUUAAAAACAGUUUUCAAAGAAACCUUUCAAACCUAGAUACAGUUCCAGAGUUAGAGUCUAUGGAAGAAUGCUCCCAGGUCAUUAGGGUACCUAGAUCCCCUGAACCUUUCAGGAUACCAGAACCUAGAUCCCCUAAACCUAUUUGGAUAUCAAAACCUAGAUCCCCUGAACCUAUCAGCAUACCAGAACCUAGAUCCUCUAAACCUAUCAGCAUACCAGAACCUAGAUCCCCUAAACCUAUCAGGAUAUCAGAACCUAGAUCCCCUGAACCUAUCAGCAUACCAGAACCUAGAUCCCCUAAACCUAUCAGCAUACCAGAACCAAGAUCCCCCGAACCUCUCAGAACACCAGAACCAAGAUCCCCCAAACCUCUCAGAACGCCAGAACCAAGAUCUCCUGGAGCAAAAAUUAGGUCAUCAGAACCUAAAACUCAUAAAAUUAUAAGGAUAUCAGAUCCAGGGUCCCCUGGAACAACCAGAAUAACAGAAACAAGAUUGACUCCUGUGAAAGAUUUUUUAGAUUUUGCAACUGAGCUGGACAAGGCCGAGUGUUUGGAGGAUUUGAAAGUUGUUCUGAAAGAUGCUUUUCAGACUUUUAACAACCGAUUUCAGGAAAUUGAAAACAGAUUUGAAAAUGCACGAGUGAAGCCUCCGCUCCCUCCUACUCCGCCCAAACCACCUGCUCCGCCUUCUCUAGCAAACAUAUCCGCCCCAAGGAAACCACCUCGAAAUAUUAACAACAUUAAACCCAUAGCUGAUCCAAAUCCAUUGCCAACUGCUGGGGUUAUGCUGCAGGCGGAUCUUCAAGCCAAAAUAUUGCUUAGAAGAAACAGGGCAUCAUUGAAGAAAAAAUAUGAAAAUCUUCAAUAAUUCAUUUGAGAGAAAAAUCCCAAAUAUACCAAUUUAAUGUAAUGAAUAUUUCAAAAGAUUAGGAAAAAACAGUCGCGUGCCUUAAAAAUAUAUUUUAAUUGUGUAAAAAUUACAAUAACCUCAA